GGUAUGCUGUUCCUCCACCGACGUCACAGCCAAACUAUUCAAGCACCUACACCAUUAUUCAACAGCCUGCUACCACCACUUCUGUAGUAGUAGUUGGUGGUUGUCCUGCCUGCAGGGUUGGCGUGUUGGAGGACACCUUCACCUGUCUUGGUGUUUUGUGUGCCAUUGUAUUCUUUCCAAUUGGGAUUCUGUUCUGUCUUGCACUGAGGCAGAGAAGAUGCCCUAAUUGUGGGGCAGCUUUUGGCUAA